AUGGCGACUCAAGAUACGCUGCAAGAGCAGCUUUCCGGCCUUCAAAUUUCCACCUCAACCUCAUGGCACCGUCUACAAACUCACGUCCAAGAUGUCAAACUCACAGGCAGACUCAUCAUCGUCGGCGACGUGCACGGUCAUCUUCCCGAGCUCAAGAACCUACUGGAUAAAGUCUCGUACGACAAAAAUAACGGUGAUCAACUCAUUUUUGUCGGCGACUUGAUCAACAAGGGUCCCGACAGCCCUGGCGUCGUGCAACUGGCUAUGCAUCUUGAUGCACUUGCGAUAAGAGGAAAUAAUGAAGAUCGUGUUCUUGCUGCUUAUAGCGCUGCGAAGAGAGGUGAAGAUAAGGCGAUUAUUGAGAGAUGGGAUCGUUUAAAUGCGGAGGCUGAGAAGGAGAAGGAGAAGAGCGAGGGCGACCAAGCAGUUCCUGCCACGACGAGAGAUGAUCUCAAGGCGUUGUCGAGAGAGGACUUGAAGCCUUACAUGGCGGCGAGCGACUUUGGAACCGCGGCUAGUCUUUCCGAUGAACAGAUCAAAUGGCUUGCUUCACAACCGUUGAUUCUACGCAUCAAGCUACCAAGAGAAGCUACUGCUGCACCUUGGAAUGCCGGAACACUCAUUGUUGCCCACGGCGGCCUUGUACCUCAGAUUCCCCUCGAGGAACAAGACCCUUGGGCAGUUAUGAAUAUGCGUGGUCUCGUCUACCCUGAUCCCGACGCUGAGACCCCCGAAGCUAUCAAAGCCGACAUGAUCAAGGGCGCAAAGAGCCGUGUCCGUCGCUACGCAGCAUUCCAAUCCGCAUCGGAUGAAGAGAUUAAGACUCAGUUAGCCAAGAUGGCAGACGUUAUCAAGAACGGCGAAGGUUUCACCGGACAGUACAAAGAAGGUCUUAUCGGCUUUCCUUUAGAGAGUCGAGAGGGUGAUUGGUGGAUUGAUGCUUGGAAUCGAUGGCAGAAUACUAUUGAGGAUGCUGAGGAAAGGAGCAUUGUCGUUUAUGGACAUGAUGCUCGUGUUGGUAUACAGGUUGGUGAGGAUCCGGCUGUCGCGAGAUAUACGUUUGGAUUGGACUCUGGAUGUGUUUAUGGGAAGAAGUUGACGGCUUUGGUUAUUGAUAAGAAGGAUGGGGGAUUGGAGCAUGAGAUCGUUCAGGUUGAUGCUGUUAAGAAGGCUGAGGAUAAGGCAGAGGCAGCAUCCUGA